CAAGGCUGCGAAGCGAAGAGCGCGUGAUGCCGAACGAACUGCGACAGCAACGGCAGUCCUCGCUUCUCGUUCUCGAUCGCCGCGUCUGCCCUAGUGUCAGUGGUGGUCUGUGUGACGAUGGUGCCGACGACGCCGUCAACGAGUACUACUUCGCUCGAAGCGGCAAGGACGGCGAAUACUGCGGCGUUAAUCUCGUUGCUAACGUGUAUGGGAACCUCAUAUCGCAUGCCGUUGCCACCUCGCCCGUUCGAGACACGUCUCCGUACAAAGACUUCUACACCCUUGCCUACACCGGAGACGGAGUCUUUGUGGUGACCGUGUACCUCGCGUCCAACCUCGCUCGUGACGCCGUUGCCGCGCAACUGGACGCGGCUAUGGAAAGUGUGUGUGUGCGCUCCAAAGUAUCUGACCCCGUCGUCUUGGUUGGUGACUUUAACGGGGACGUGAGAAAGAAGAGCGGCGAGUGGUUGGUGGAGUACAUGCGGACAAAGUACUCUAUGCAGUGUGCCUCCGCCGAGUCCGACAAGUGUCCGACUACCAUUCACGGAAGUUGCAUUGAUCUCGCCUUUACCCGAAACUGUGACGUGCGCAUGCUUCUCAAAGACCCUUUGACUGUACACUUUAGCGACCACAAGGCUGUGAUUAUGGCCGUCAGGUACAAUGACAACACAAACAGGUGCUGAUGAAUGUGUAAAUAAAUGGUUACGGUACAAUGACAACACAAA